AUGUAUGAUCAAGAACCAAUGCAAAGACUGAAGGAAGAGAAGGAAGCCAAGCGGGCUCAUUUGGAUGCCAGGCACAACUACUUGUUUGCGAUCGUGGCUUCCUGCGUGGACCUGAACAAAGCAGAAGUGGAGGACGCCAUUCUUGAGGGGAAUCAGAUUGAGAGAAUUGAUCAGCUUUUUGUUGCUGGUGGUCUCCGUCACCUUAUGUUUUACUACCAGGAUGUGGAAGCAGCAGAAACAGGACAACUCGGCCCCUCAGGAGGGACAAAUCUUGCUUCUGGAAAGAUUAAAAAACCCAAGGUGUUUGUGACUGAGGGAAAAGAUGUUGCUCUCACUGGAGUAUGUGUGUUCUUCAUCAGGACAGACCCUUCCAAAGUGAUCACCCCUGAGAACAUCCACCGGGAAUUGAGCUUUAACGUGCUGGACACCGCUGAUGGGGGCCUGCUAAACAGCAUGAGACGUUUGCUCUCAGACAUCUUCAUUCCUGCUCUCAAAGCCACGGACCAUGGCUGGGGUGAGCGUGACAGUCUUCAGGAGGUGUCCAGCAUCCGGCAGGACUUCCUCUGCUCUCUGGAAGGCUUUGUGAGUGUUCUGGCAGGGGCUCAAGAGAGCCUGAAAGAGAAGGUGAACCUUCAAAAGUGCGACAUAUUUGAACUGAAGAACCUGAGGGAACCCAUAGACUAUUUGGCUGUAGCUAAUAAUCCUGAGACACUGGAAAAGAUAGAGGGGUGUAUGAAAGUAUGGAUCAAACAGACGGAACAGGUCCUUGCUGAAAACAACCAGCUGCGGACGGAAGCUGAUGACCUGGGCCCGCGAGCGGAGCUGGAGCACUGGAAGAAAAGGCUGUCCAAGUUUAACUGCCUCGUGGACCAGUUGAAAGGCCCAGACGUGAAGGCUGUGCUGGCGGUGCUGGCUGCGGCCCGCUCCAGACUCCUGAAGGCUUGGCGGGAGAUGGAUGUUCGGAUCACAGAUGCAGCUAAUGAAGCGAAGGACAAUGUCAGAUAUUUGUACACUCUUGAAAAAUGCUGUGAUCCCUUGUACAGCAGUGAUCCUAUAUCCAUGAUUGAUGCUAUUCCUACACUUAUAAAUGCAAUCAAAAUGAUCUACAGUAUCUCUCAUUACUAUAACACCUCUGAGAAGAUAACGUCUUUGUUUGUAAAGGUGACAAAUCAGAUGAUAUCUGCAUGUAAAGCCUAUAUCACCAACAAUGGAACUGCUUCCAUUUGGAACCAGCCACAGGAUGUUGUUGUGGAAAAAAUAUUAUCUGCGAUUAAACUUAAGCAGGAAUACCAGCAGUGCUUUCACAAGACAAAACAAAAGCUCAAACAAAAUCCAAAUGAAAAACAAUUUGAAUUUAGUGAGAUGUACAUUUUUGGAAAAUUUGAAACUUUCCACCGACGCCUUACCAAGAUAAUAGACAUCUUUACAACCUUCAAGACAUACUCGGUCCUACAAGAUUCAAAAAUUGAAGGGCUGGAAGACAUGAUAGCUACAUUUCAGGGCAUUGUUGUGACUAUAAGGAAAAAGGAAUAUAAUUUCCUAGACCAACGGAAAAUGGAAUUUGACCAGGAUUAUGAAGAGUUUUGCAAGCAGACUAAUGACCUUCACAAUGAGUUGCAGAAGUUCAUGGAUGUUACAUUUGAAAAGAUUCAAAACACAAAUCAAGCUCUAAGUAUGUUAAAGAAAUUUGAAAGAUUGAAUAUACCUAAUCUUGGUAUUGAUGACAAAUACCGGCUUAUCCUCGAGAACUAUGGUGCUGACAUUGACAUGGUUUCAAAACUCUAUACAAAGCACAAAUAUGAUCCUCCUAUGGCUCGAGACCAGCCUCCUAUUGCUGGGAAGAUUUUGUGGGCCCGUCAGCUCUUCCACAGAAUCCAGGAACCAAUGCAACUUUUCCAGCAGCACCCAAAUGUGCUACAGACAGCUGAGGCCAAACCUAUCAUUCGCAGUUACAAUAGGAUGGCCAAAGUUCUCCUGGAGUUUGAGGUUCUUUAUCACAGGGCGUGGCUUCAGCAAAUGAUGCUGGCUGAAUAUCAGAGAGUGAAGUCAAAAAUGCCUCCCACCAUUGAGCCACUGAUGGGUCCUCAUUUGGCUAAAGUGGAUGAAGCUCUCCAACCUGGCUUGGCUGCAAUCAACUGGACAUCACUGAACAUUGAGAUGUAUUUAGAAACCACGUUUGAAAAAAUCAAGGAACUGGAGUUGCUGCUGGACAGGGUCAAUGACUUGAUUGAAUUCCGUAUCGACGCCAUUCUAGAAGAAAUGAGUAGGACGCCUCUCUGCCAGCUCCCCCAGGAGGACCCACUUACCUGUGAUGAGUUUCUCCAAAUGACAAAGGACCUUUGUGUAAAUGGUGCUCAGAUACUGCAUUUUAAAAGCUCAUUAGUAGAAGAAGCUGUCAAUGAACUAAUAAAUAUGUUGCUCGAUGUGGAAGUUCCAUCUGAAGAAGAAAGUGAAAAAGUGUCCAGUGAGAAUAAGAUUGAUUCAAAAAGUGAAAGUUCAGAGAAAAAAGAAGAAAGGAAGUCCGACAUCCUGCCAUCUCCGUUUAAUGCUGGUGAAACCGGAGAUGGCCGCCUGCCCUUGACCGUGAUCAAGAGGAAGAAGAAGGAGACCGAGGUGUCAGAGGAAGAAGCCUGCGAGCUGCUUUCUCAUUUUAACCACCAAAAUGCAGAUGCUCUGCUGAAAGUUACCAGGAAUGCACUCGAGGCCAUUCGCAAGCGCAUUCAUGCCUCCAACACUGUUCACUUCCGGGACAGAAAUAGUGUGUCCAAGAUGAAGCCGAACAGUCUGCCCAUUUUCCAGGCAAGAAUCACGCUGGCCAUUCCCAACAUCACCAUGACCCCUGCCCUAGAAGACAUUCAGCAGACAUUGAAUAAAGCCGUGGAGUGUAUAGUCAGUGUUCCCAAAGGGGUCAGGCAGUGGAGCAGUGAGCUAUUGUCCAAGAUAAAGACGUAUGAAAGAAAACUGGCUGCUUUGAGGAAUAAUGAAGACAGUGAUUCUGAUAAUGAAAUGGGAGAAAAUGUACUUGAAGAUACAGUUGAGAUAGCAUCUGUAAACUUACCUAUUCCAGUGCACACCAAGAACUACUACAAGAAUGUUUCUGACAACAAGGAGAUUGUAAAAUUAGUCUCUGUGCUUAGCACAAUUAUCAACUCCACAAAAAAGGAAGUUAUUACCUCCUUGGAUUGUUUCAAGUGCUACAAUCACAUUUGGCAAAAGGAGAAAGAAGAAACCAUUAGGACGUUUAUUAUGAACAACCCGUUACUUUCGGAAUUUGAAUCUCAGAUUCUCUAUUUCCAAAACUUGGAGCAGGAAAUUCACGCUGAGCCAGAGUACCUCUGUGCGGGCUCCAUUGCGCUGUACACAGCGGACUUGAAGUUAGCCCUGACAGCUGAGACCAAGGCCUGGAUGAUUGUCAUAGGCCGCCACUGUCACAAAAAAUAUAGGAGCGAGAUGGAAAACAUUUUCACACUUGUGGAAGAAUUCAAUAAGAAACUGAAUCGCCAAAUUAAAGACCUAGAUGAUAUUCGAAUCGCUAUGGCAGCACUGAAAGAAAUCAGAGAACAGCAAAUUGCCAUCGACUUUCAAGUAGGACCCAUCGAGGAAUCCUAUGCACUGCUUAACAAAUAUGGACUUCUAAUAGCAAAAGAAGAGAUGGACAAAGUUGACACCCUGCGCUAUGCAUGGCAGAAGCUUCUGACGCGAGCCAGUGAUGUGCAGAAUGAAUUAGUCUCACUGCAGCCCGGCUUCAGGAAGGAGCUCAUCAGUACUGUGGAGGUCUUCCUUCAAGACUGCCAGCAGUUCUAUCUGGACUAUGACUCGAAUGGUCCUAUGGCUGUUGGCUUGAAACCACAGGAAGCCAGUGAUAGGCUUAUCAUGUUCCAGAAUCAAUUUGAUAACAUCUAUCGGAAGUACAUCACCUAUACUGGGGGAGAGGAGCUUUUUGGUUUGCCAGUCACGCAGUAUCCUCAGCUUCUUGAAAUAAGGAAGCAACUAAAUCUUCUACAGAAAAUAUACACUCUGUACAACAGUGUGAUAGAGACUGUAAACAGUUAUCAGGACAUCCUUUGGUCAGAAGUGAACAUUGAAAAAAUCAACAAUGAGCUCUUAGAAUUCCAGAACAGGUGUCGCAAAUUGCCCCGGGCCUUGAAGGAUUGGCAGGCUUUCCUGGACCUAAAGAAAACCAUCGAUGAUUUCAGUGAGUGCUGCCCCCUGCUGGAGCACAUGGCCAGCAAGGCCAUGAUGGCGAGGCACUGGGAACGAAUAACUGCUCUCACAGGGCACCGUCUGGACGUGGAGAAUGAAACUUUCAAGUUAAGAAAUAUUAUGGAGGCACCUCUUCUGAAGUACAAAGAGGAAAUUGAGGACAUCUGUAUCAGUGCGGUGAAGGAGAGAGACAUUGAGCAAAAGCUGAAGCAAGUGAUCAAUGAGUGGGACAACAAAACUUUCACGUUUGGCAGCUUUAAGACCCGAGGAGAGCUCCUGCUGCGAGGAGACAGUACCUCUGAAAUCGUUGCCAACAUGGAGGACAGCCUGAUGGUGUUGGGCUCUCUGCUGAGCAGCAGAUAUAUCUUAAAAGAACUCAACACUCAAAUCUAUGAUCGCAUUCUGUCCAUUUCCUCCCGAGAGGGUGAGACAAUUGAGUUGAAUAAGCCUGUGAUGGCAGAGGGCAACGUGGAAGUGUGGCUUAAUUCUCUCCUGGAGGAAUCUCAGUCUUCAUUACAUCUGGUGAUUCGCCAGGCAGCGACAAAUAUUCAAGAGACUGGUUUCCAGCUGAUUGAAUUUCUUUCUUCCUUCCCAGCUCAGGUCGGACUAUUAGGGAUUCAAAUAUUAUGGACACGGGAUUCAGAAGAAGCUCUUAGAAAUGCCAAGUCUGAUAAAAAAAUCAUGCAGAAAACCAAUCAGUCUUUCCUGGACCUUCUGAACACACUGAUCGACAUCACCACAAAGGAUCUGAGUUCUAUCGAACGAAUCAAAUAUGAGACUUUGAUUACCAUUCAUGUACACCAAAGGGACAUCUUUGAUGACCUGUGUCACAUGCACGUCAAGAGCCCCACGGACUUUGAAUGGCUGAAGCAGUGCAGGUUUUAUUUUAAUGAAGAUUCUGACAAAAUGAUGAUCCACAUCACAGAUGUGGCUUUUGUUUACCAGAAUGAGUUUCUGGGCUGCACGGACAGGCUUGUCAUAACUCCACUCACAGACAGGUGA